AUCAUGGCACAAAGUAUAUGAUUCACUAUGUCGUUUGUUACUGCCCUUCUUCUCUUUCCGUUAAGAUCCCUUGCGGCCCCCCUAUCAACUCGCGAAAUCCAAUCCAUUGGCUCCAUUGACCCCUCAACCGACGAAUGGUCCUCAACGCUCUCGGGCAUCGGCCCUCUAAUCCUCCUCGUCGGUGAACGAACUACUCAGCAAGUCCUCCGGAACGUCCACUCCCGAUCUUCAGCUUUCAGUCUUGCAGCCUCGCCAUUGGGUCUUCUCUCCGUGGUAACGAGCCUCAUUCGCUUCUGUGGAACGCAGCAAUUGAGAGCUUUCAUCGGAUAUGAAUUAGAGGCAAGGACCGUUUCUGGGAUUGAGGUCACGAGAGUCAAUUGUGGGGGUGUCACGGCGCAUUUGACGCAUGGCUAUGUGGUGAGAAGUAUUGUUGCAAAUCCGGCUAGUCGGUUGAUUGCCGUGAGCAUUUUAGAGGGGAACGAAAGAGGUCUGGAAGAGUGUGCUUUGGAGAGGAUAAGAGCUAGUGAGAGAUUUGAGAAGCAAAAGAGAAAGCUGGACAUUCCUGACGGAGAGGCGAACGUGGAUUGGUGCAUGCAUAUUACGCUGACUGAUGUAUCCGAUGAGUCUUUGAACACUCUUGUCCAGACAUUAGCUCGAGCUGUUGGAGUCGAUCCCAGAACGAAGAAGGUCAACAACUUGGAACGAUCUUUGAUACUUGGACUUCGGCCGAGCGGAAACGCAAACCACAAUGAUGGCACUGGUCGUAAAUAUCCCUCUUCGACUUCGUCUCCUCUCUGGAAUUUCUCAUUCAUGACAACUUUUGAUGCAGUCUCCGAAUUCACAACGAGGCCUCCCACACGAAGAUUUCAUGGUCCUAUCAUUGGCGUACUCUCCUUUCUAGGAAUAAUUACUGUCCAUCUUCUGGCUUUGUGGCACAACGGUUGGGUCAUGUCUAUCGGCUGGAUUCUUGUCAUGAUUGGCUAUUUUGGAAUUGUCCUCGGUGUCUUGUUUGCUUCACUUCUCAUUUCAUCUUCUUGUAUCAGUAUCCAUCUCGACACUUCGUAUCGAAAUUCCUCACGGCUUUGGAAAGAUGGCAUGAUCAUCUCCGUCAAAAACGUUGACUCCAUGGACACAACGGGAAGUGCUUUUGUUUCUUGUCCACAGCCACAUCAAAAUCUCGAAGCGAUUUAUAUCAAGCCAUCGACGCGUCAAGACCGUAGCCUCGCUUCAUUCAUUACCAUAUCAUUAAUCUUUGCUUUCAUCGCCCACUACCUAGGUCUUCGCGCUAUCAAAUGGUGGGCAAGCAUUGGAGAGCUAGGGAUCUGCAUUAUUGCUGCUUUCGCCCGCUCUGUCUCCAACGACGCCCAACCCCGCUUCAAAGAAGUCGAAGGUAUGAGGAUCGAUAAACGGUGCUCUUCCACGGGAAUUAUUGUUACUCAGAGUGCUCGUCUCAUAGAUGAACAUACAGAACCAACAUACAAGGUUGAUGGAAGAUCGUACGCUCUCAAGCUUCUCAACAACACGCCCAUAGUAGGAGAACGUGUCGCAUACCAAAUGGCUAAAUUGUGCAUAAACGACGAAGCCAUAUGUACCCUACUUACCAAGUUGACAGGGUUAAGACUCGUCGUUUCAUCCUCCUCUUCAUCUCUAUCGGUUCCUAUUCGCUCAGUCCUCGUAUCUUUUACGGGAGGAAUCCUCGUCUCGGAAGGCCUUGCUGCUCCUGCUCCGCAGCUCAUCCUUUCAUUUCAAGCCAAAAUUUCAGACCUCGCAGCGCCAACUUCCCUUCUCAGUAGGAUCAUUAUGCGACAACUGGAAUGGUGUCUACAGACAGGUGUCGGAAAGGGUAUUCCAUUGGGAAAUGUGUAUGUCUUUGCGAUGCAGAGUAUGCUGGAUUGGUGGACGGUAAGUGAGGAUAGGAACGACAUGGCAGACUUGCAGAAGAAUUUGUAUUGGCCGAUGCUUUUGGUCAAUUGCGCUUUCUUUUUGGAGUGUCUGAAGAUGGAGAAGGAGGACGACGACUUGGUAAAGGGGUUGGCGGAGGUGCAUGGGGAAGGAGAAGAGGGUGAUGCGAAGGUUGCCAAUGAUGUUGUGAAUUUUUUGAGGGCGUGGGAAUGA